AUGGCAGCAGUUAAAGGAUGUUUCGGUCAUGCUGGGCACGGCUUGGACCUUUAUCCGAUGAACAACAACAAUACUAAAGAUGCUUCUCGAAGAUGCUCUCACAUGCUGUGCUCAAUGCCUUCGAGAAGCAGUUUGUUGUUUUACGUGGGUGUAAAAAUUAAUAAAAACAUGUUAGAUAAUACCAUCAACUAUAUAAUACAACCCGUACGAAGAGAACAUCGCAAGAAGGCCUCGAGAUUGUUUUUCGUCUCUAUAAACGAUCUCUGGGACUUGACGAAGAAGUACAAGAUCAGACCUGGCUGUCGGAAUAGUGUCGAUAUCACUUCUGUGACCAAGCGCGUGGAGGAAGAGAAUCCGUACGAUGGCAUACUUAUUGUGACGCCCCUACAGUUGAAGCAGUUGCUUGCCUACUCUUCUAGAGGCAUAAGCCUGGACGACAGUCGUCACAACACGCGAUACAACAUAAAAUUAGCCACUCUCAUGGUGGCCGACGAGAAAGAUAGAGGACUAUCUCCAUUUCUAUUAAGCAAUACCAUGACGACGGAUAACGUUUCCAAUCUGUUCAAAGUAAUCAAAGAGCUAAUGCCAGACUUCAAUCCAAGGAGAAUCGUGUAA